UCCAUCUUGGGCAUCCUGAGGUUAGAGCAAAAGGACAGCAAUACAUGGUGCCACCUAAAUGAGACUGAAUCGAAUUUAAAUGGAGAGCCCGUAGGAGAAAUGUAUUUGAAACGGAGCUGGGUUAUGAUUCUGUCGCUGAAGUAAACGAUAGCGAAAGGAGAGAAUAAUGAAAAAGAAAGAAAGCGGCAUGAAGGCGUUAUACUAUUUGCACAAGCAGCUGUAUUGAGUGUAUUUACGGCCAAUUAUCCAGAGCAAGGUGGUCCGUUUUUAAGAGAACUCCAAUUUAAUGGCUUGCAGUCUGAUGUGUUUGAAAAUGAGCAUGGUAAAGCUGGCAUUCCUGUUCCUCGUGUUGUCUGUGUGGAUGACUGAAGUGUCCAGCAAAGACAAAUCUGCCAAGAAGGGGAAAAAGAAAGGAAAACAGGUCUACUGCCCCUCUCAGCUGUCAUCUGAAGACCUGGCCAGGGUCCCUGAGAAUUCGACAAGUAACAUCUUGAACAGGCUGCUGGUCACCUAUGACCCGAGAAUUCGGCCAAACUUCAAAGGAAUUCCGGUGGAGGACAAAGUGAAUAUCUUCAUAAACAGCUUUGGGUCUAUCCAGGAGACUACGAUGGAUUACCGGGUGAACAUCUUCCUGAGGCAGCGGUGGAACGACCCCAGGCUCCGGCUGCCGACCGACUUCAAGUCGGACGCCCUCACCGUCGACCCCAAGAUGUUCAAAUGCCUGUGGAAGCCCGACCUGUUCUUUGCCAACGAGAAGAGUGCCAACUUCCAUGACGUCACGCAGGAGAACAUCCUGCUCUUCAUCUUCCGCAACGGCGACGUGCUCAUCAGCAUGAGGCUAUCGGUCACGCUUUCCUGCCCUCUCGACCUCACCCUGUUUCCCAUGGACACCCAGAGAUGCAAGAUGCAACUGGAGAGCUUUGGCUACACCACAGAUGACCUGCAGUUCAUGUGGCAGUCGGUGGACCCUGUGCAGAUGGACGAGAUCGCCCUGCCCCAGUUUGACAUUAAACAGGAGGAUAUUGAAUAUGGAAACUGCACCAAGUACUACAAAGGAACUGGGUACUACACUUGUGUGGAGGUGAUCUUCACCCUGCGGCGACAGGUGGGCUUCUACAUGAUGGGCGUCUAUGCCCCCACCCUGUUGAUCGUGGUGCUGUCCUGGCUGUCGUUUUGGAUCAACCCGGACGCCAGCGCAGCUAGAGUCCCGCUGGGAAUCCUUUCAGUCCUCUCGCUGUCUUCCGAAUGCACGUCCCUGGCCUCCGAGCUCCCGAAGGUGUCGUACGUGAAAGCCAUCGACAUCUGGCUCAUCGCCUGCCUGCUGUUCGGCUUUGCCUCGCUGGUGGAGUAUGCCGUGGUCCAGGUGAUGCUCAACAGCCCCAAGAGGAUCGAGGCAGAAAAGGCCAAAAUAGCCAGGAGGGAGAAGGCGGAGGGCAAGACCCCGGCCAAGAACAACACGGUCAACGGGACCGGGGGAACACCCAUCCACGUCAGCACCCUUCAGGUGGCCGAAAACAGGUGCAAGAAGGUGUGCACGUCCAAGUCGGACCUGCGCUCCAACGACUUCAGCAUCGUCGGGUCACUGCCACGGGAUUUCGAGCUGUCCAACUUCGACUGCUACGGGAAGGCCAUCGAAGUCAGCACCGCCAUGGCGAAGGCCCAGGCCAAGAACAACAAGAAGCCCCCCCCGCCUAAGCCCGUCAUUCCCUCGGCCGCCAAACGAGUGGACCUGUACGCCAGGGCCCUGUUCCCCUUCACUUUCCUGUUCUUCAAUGUCAUAUACUGGUCUGUGUACUUGUGAUGGCCUUGUGUUCUGUAGCUUUCCACAGACCCCCAUACCCCCCACCCACAAGUGUGAUGUGGUCUUCACUUGUCCAGUUUGUUCAGAGAAUCGGACACAAUAUUACAUCACGGUGGAACAGUAGCGAGAAGCUAAAAUGGAAUACAGGUUUUGCCAAACGGACCUGGGUCAAAUGCGUAAUUGUUUUGGAUUCAGGUACUUUUCUAUGCUUUUCUGAGCUUGUCUGGUGCAUUGGAACCGAUGAAAUGAAACUCUGAAAAAGUGCCAACUCUCAAUUGGACCAGGCAAGAUCAAUCGAGCACAGAAUGGUAUUUGAAUCCAAAGCAGUUACGUAUUUGAUCCAGGUCCGCUCCCAAAGUUUACAUUCUGACUGCCAUUGUGACUUACCUGCAGUUCUGUGUGUGGGCUCCACACUCAGUGUAAAUAGCUGUAUAGCCAAGGUCUCCCAAAUCAGGAAGCAGGGUGCAAGGGGUUCAUUUUUGUGGAAAGACUUUCACUAUUAGUUAAAGGUUCUGGGAUACUGCAUGUUCUAAGUGCAUAAAUGAAUAAGAAAAUAUCUAAAAAUAAAGUAUAUAUAAAUAUUUAUUAAGAUUAUUAAAAAGGGUUCCUGUAGAAGUAAUUAUUCUGAUGGUUGAUGACACUGCCGAUUUUGGAAUGGCUGUUGUGUGUACCUUGACACCAAUGGUCAGCCAUGUUUUUCAUAUGCAAGUGGAUGGAUACAUACUGCCUUUUUCUGUGUAAAAUUCCCAAGCCAGGUCUAAUGACAAAAACAACCAUAUUUCGUAUUGCCCGUUACCAUUCUGACAUUUCCACUGUAUACAAAUACCGGGCACUGUUGAAAUAAACUUUACUAUAAUAGGCUAUUUUAAAACUUUGUCUUCAAACUUUAUGUUCAAAGCACUUUCCAAAUAAAACCACCAGAAAAAA